AUGAAGACAUUAGACCAUAGCUACGUGCUUAUAAGCAUGUGCAUGUUCACGAAAAAGGAGAGACAUUCAAUAAAAUUCAUUAACUAUGAUGCAAGAUAUGCAUACAAAUUAUUCCGAAAACAGUACAAAACGACUAUCGGCGCUGAUUUUAUCACCAAGGAAUUACUGAUCGAUGACAAACUGGUCACUUUGCAAAUUUGGGAUACAGCAGGGCAAGAAAGAUUCCAAAGCCUAGGAGUUGCAUUUUACAGAGGGGCAGAUUGCUGCAUUCUUGUAUAUGAUGUUAAUGUACAAAAAUCAUUUGAAACACUUCAAAAUUGGCAUGAAGAUUUUCUCAAACAGGUCCACCCUGCAAACCCAGAGACUUUCCCCUUUGUACUGAUUGGAAACAAGGUAGAUGUAGACGGUGGAAAUAGUCGUGUGGUUUCUGAGAAAACAGCUAGAGAAUGGUGCAUUUCCCAGGGAAACAUACCUUACUUUGAAACCUCAGCUAAAGAAGAUUACAACGUGGCUGCUGCCUUUUUGUGUGCUGCUGAAACUGCAGUUUCCAGUGAGCCAGUGAACAUUUGGGAGACAGAUGAAGAGACGCCAUCCCAUUGUGAACUCCAACGAAUACCGGAAUCCCUUUCUGGAACUGAGAGCAGAGGAGGAUGUGCAUGCUAA